UUCCGGCCGCGGCAUCGACGUAGGCCAACGCUUCCUCCUCGGCAGCUUCAGAGCCCUUUCACUGCCUUUCUUUUGAAAGCCGCGCUCUGAUUAGCUGAAUCUCCGGGCUCGCGCCCGUUGCCCCCAAGCGAUGGCCAAUUGACUGCCGUGUUGCAUCGCACGGGGCCACAGAGGAGGGGGAGGUGGCGGCGGCGGCCAUUUUGAGCCGCCGCCGCCAUUGGAGUGGGCCCCCCCCCUUUCCCCCUUCGGCUCCUGACAGGAAAGGUUUAAGGGGGACAGAGCCCUGGGAGGCCGGGCCGGGCUCGGGGGCCGCCCCGGGGGCCCGGGCCAUGGAUGUGCGCCGUCUGAAGGUGAACGAACUUCGCGAGGAGCUGCAGCGCCGCGGCCUGGACACUCGCGGCCUCAAGGCCGAGCUUGCUGAGCGGCUGCAGGCGGCGUUGGAGGCCGAGGAGCCCGACGACGAAAGGGAGCUCGAGGCCGACGACGAACCGGGACGACCCGGGCACGACAACGAGGAGCCCGAGACCGAGGGGGGCUCCGAGCUGGAGGGGACCGCUCAGCCACCGCCCCCCGGCCUGCAGCCGCACCCGGAGCCUGGCGGCUACUCGGGGCCGGAUGGACAUUAUGUCAUGGACAAUAUUCCCAGACAGAACCAAUUCUAUGAGACCCAGGUCAUCAAGCAAGAGAACGAAUCAGGCUACGAAAGGAGACCUCUGGAAAUGGAGCAGCAGCAGGCCUAUCGCCCAGAAGUGAAGACUGAGGUAAAGCAAGAAGCACCCCCCAGCUUCCUCUCUCCUGAAGCAUCUCAACUCAAGCCAGACAGACAGCAAUUCCAGAGUCGCAAGAGGCCUUAUGAAGAAAACCGGGGACGGGGGUACUUCGAACACCGAGAGGAUAGAAGGGGCCGCUCUCCUCAGCCUCCUGCUGAAGAGGAUGAAGAUGACUUUGACGACACCCUUGUUGCCAUUGACACAUAUAAUUGUGAUCUUCACUUCAAAGUGGCCAGAGACCGGAGUAGUGGCUACCCGCUCACAAUUGAGGGCUUUGCAUACCUGUGGUCAGGAGCCCGUGCCAGUUAUGGGAUCAGAAGGGGCCGUGUGUGCUUUGAGAUGAAGAUCAACGAGGAAAUUUCCGUGAAGCACCUUCCAUCAACAGAGCCUGAUCCACACGUUGUCCGCAUUGGCUGGUCCCUGGACUCCUGCAGCACCCAGCUAGGCGAAGAGCCUUUCUCCUAUGGUUAUGGAGGCACUGGGAAGAAGUCCACCAAUAGCCGGUUUGAAAACUACGGAGACAAGUUUGCAGAGAAUGAUGUGAUUGGCUGCUUUGCGGACUUUGAAUGUGGAAAUGAUGUGGAACUUUCCUUUACCAAGAAUGGGAAAUGGAUGGGCAUUGCCUUCCGAAUCCAGAAGGAAGCCUUGGCGGGUCAGGCCCUUUACCCACAUGUCCUGGUGAAGAAUUGUGCAGUAGAAUUCAAUUUCGGCCAGAGGGCAGAGCCCUACUGUUCCGUACUCCCAGGCUUCACAUUCAUCCAGCACCUUCCCCUGAGUGAGCGGAUCCGGGGCACCGUUGGACCAAAGAGCAAGGCAGAGUGUGAGAUUCUGAUGAUGGUGGGCCUGCCUGCUGCCGGCAAGACCACGUGGGCCAUCAAACAUGCAGCCUCCAACCCCUCCAAGAAGUACAACAUCCUGGGUACCAAUGCCAUCAUGGAUAAGAUGCGGGUGAUGGGCCUACGCCGACAGCGGAACUACGCUGGCCGCUGGGACGUUCUGAUCCAGCAGGCCACCCAGUGCCUCAACCGCCUCAUCCAGAUUGCCGCCCGCAAGAAACGCAACUACAUCCUAGAUCAGACAAAUGUUUAUGGGUCAGCCCAGAGACGAAAAAUGAGACCGUUUGAAGGCUUCCAGCGCAAGGCUAUUGUCAUUUGUCCCACCGACGAGGACCUGAAAGACCGAACCAUAAAGCGCACUGACGAAGAAGGGAAGGAUGUCCCAGACCACGCAGUCCUGGAGAUGAAAGCCAACUUCACAUUACCUGAUGUUGGGGACUUCCUGGAUGAGGUGCUGUUCAUUGAGCUUCAGCGAGAGGAAGCAGACAAGCUGGUGAGACAAUACAACGAGGAAGGCCGCAAGGCUGGGCCACCCCCUGAGAAGCGCUUUGACAACCGAGGCAGUGGUGGCUUCCGGGGCCGCGGGGGUGGCGGUGGUUUCCAGCGCUAUGACAACCGAGGUCCACCUGGGGGCAACCGAGGAGGCUUCCAGAACCGAGGAGGCGGCAGUGGUGGAGGAGGCAACUACCGAGGAGGUUUCAACCGCAGUGGAGGUGGUGGCUACAACCAUAAUCGCUGGGGUAACAGCAACCGGGACAACAACAACUCCAACAACAGAGGCAGCUACAACCGGGCUCCCCAGCAGCAGCCACCCCCACAGCAGCCACCGCCCCCACAGCCGCCACCACAACAACCACCACCGCCACCCAGCUACAGCCCUGCUCGGAACCCCCCUGGGGCCAGUGGCUACAACAAGAACAGCAACAUCCCUGGCUCCAGCGCCAAUACCAGCACCCCCACCAUCAGCAGCUACAGCCCUCCACAGCCGAGUUAUAGCCAGCCACCCUACAACCAGGGAGGUUACAGCCAGGGCUACACGGCCCCACCACCUCCGCCUCCGCCACCACCUGCCUACAACUACGGGAGCUACGGCGGCUACAAUCCAGCCCCCUAUACCCCACCACCACCCCCCACUGCACAGACCUACCCCCAGCCCAGCUAUAAUCAGUAUCAGCAGUAUGCCCAGCAGUGGAACCAGUACUAUCAAAACCAGGGCCAGUGGCCGCCAUACUACGGGAACUACGACUAUGGGAGUUACUCCGGGAGCACACAAGGGGGCACAAGCACACAGUAGCCAUGCUCCCGUGGCCCCCAAAGGCCCCUGCCGGCUUCCUCCACCAGCGCCCACCUCGGCCCUCUCGUCUGCCCCCACCGGGUCCCUUGGUGCUGGGGAACGGGGUCAUCCCAGGGCUGCCUCCCUCUGGCCCAUUGCCUCCCCUAAGAGGGGCUUCUGCCCCCAUAUGGGGCCAGGCAUUUUUCUCUGGAUUCAAACAGGCAACAAUGACCUUUCAUUUUCUUUUUGUCCCCCUACCUCCCUUCUCCACAUCCUUCUCCUUUCUUCCUUUUUGACUAAAGUACACCCCCCACACACACAGCCCUUGGUCAUACAGUGAGGCUGUGGUGGCUGAGGGGAAGACCCCUUCCUGUCCACUUACCCCAGCCCUGCUCUAGCCCCUCAGCUUCCCAGAUCUUCAUGCAGUUGGUUGUAAAUUCUUCCAAAAGCUGUUUUUCUGUCUACUUUUCAGGAUUAAAAAAAAAAAUCAAAA